AUGUCUGGUCCAACUGAUGAACCUAAUCCAAAUACUUUGGACGACUUGCAAAGUAUAGUGGAUGCAACUAAUUUAAGCAUUCUCGACGAAAACUGGAAAUACCUAUUUGAUUCGACUGAUCCAAACACAUCCAAUGAAGACUGGCAACAACCGAUUGAUCAACCCAGUUCAGACACUUCCAGCCAAGUAUCUGGUACAACUGAUAAACCCGAUUCAAAUACUUCCAACCAAGAUCAGCAUCAACCAAUGGAUCAGCCCAGUCCGAGCACUCCAAAACGAGGUCGAAAACGGCCGAUUGAUGAACCCGGUUCAAACAUUUCCAAAUAUGAUCAGAAACAAUCGAUGAAUCAACCCGGUCCGAGUGCUUCCAAACAAAGUCGGAAACAAUCAGUUGAUGGACCCGGUUUAGACAUCCCUGACAAAGACUGGCAACGCCUAAUAGAUGAAGUCAAUUCAAACACUUUUGAAGACUGGCAAGAACUGUUUGAUAUAGCUGGUUUAAAUACUCCCAGUCAAGUUUCUGACUCAAUUGAUCAAGUCGGUUCAAGCAAUUUUGACAAAUACCAACAACAACCAGCUGAUAAAACCAGUUCAAGUAUCCCCGACCAAACUCAGCAACAGCCAAUAGAUGCAACUGAUUUAAAUAUUUCCAACAAAGAUCAGCAACAGCCGAUUGAUCAAUCCAGUCCAAGUACUUCCAGUCAAGACCAACAACAACCAAUGGAACAAGACCAACAACAACCAAUGGGACAAGGCGAGUCUUCAAAUACUGUUACAAAUCAAGUGAUUGUAUUAAACGAACAGGAUCAGAGAACCUUUAAUCGUAUAAAGAAAAGGCUUGUAGAGUGUAAAAAAAUACGAAAGGAGAAACAUAAAGAAUAUUAUGAAUCUAUGGCUCUUGGAUACAGGCAAUGGUCGGCGCUAGCAAGAGGGGAAGAGAUAUCAGGAUCAACGUACGAUCCAAAUGUUGAAGAGAAAUUGAAACAAGAGUAUGAAAAGCUAAGGAUAAAAGUACCCAGUAUCAGACAAGAAUUGAAAAGGUUUAUGAAAAGGCGUGGUUUGAAAUUUGAAGAACCGAAUUAG